AUGAUCUUCCGAUGGCUCCUGCUGGUGAGCUGCCUUUUGGUGGCUCUCAUUCCCCAGCAAAGCUCUGCGAAGAAAUCCGAUCAACCGAAGGUCACGGCAACCAAGCUUGAACACGAACCCUUUUCUCUCUUCUAUUUUGAGGACUCGGAAACUGUUCUUAUGAGCUUGAAAAAUGGAGAAUUCAAACAGUCUUUCGACGGUGGAGAGGAAUGGGAAGACGUGGCUAGCAGCGAGGAUGGUAGAGUGACACAACCGGUUGUUUUCAUACGACAGCACCCAUUCGACAAGAAUAAGGCCUAUGCUCUCGGUGUUGACGGACAUCACUUGGUCACCACAGAUCAGGCCAAGACGUGGAGAUCGUUCGAUAUAGGCGACCAGCCGGCCUUACAGCACCCGCCCCUUGUUUUUCAUGGAUGGGACUCGAGUAAAGUCAUAUAUCAAAGCGAAGAGUGUGCCGGGUUCUUCUGCAUUACCGUUAGGCUGUUGCGGGAGAGUGCGGCGGGGUGCUCCUGGGCAGUUGGGCACCCUCACUUCGCCGAAGAUAUGGAUUUGAACCAAGAGUUGAAGGACAGAUCACUGUGUGUCGUCCCUGGGUUGAAGGUGCCCUUUGGACACGCCAACCGCUUGGUAUACUCGGAUGAUUACUUCGUUAGUAACAUCGAAGGCACAGAGGUGAACUUACAUGAGGGCCGGCCUGUCUCCGGCGUCAUUAGCACAGCCGCUGUCAAGAAGUUCAUCGUGGCCGCCGUCAAAUCCAAAGGAACAGAAGAGCUUGCCUUGUUUGUGACAACGGAUACGAAUACCUGGCAUCGAGCCGAAUUCGAUGGACAUCGGAUAGAGCAGGACGCGUAUACAAUGUUGGAGAGCACCAACUAUAGCCUGCAGGUAGACGUCCUGACUAGCCCAUCUAGCAACAUGGGUGUCCUAUUCACUUCCAAUUCGAACGGCACAUUCUUCAGCCGUAAUAUUGAACACACCAAUCGCGAUAUGGAAGGGACUGUCGAUUUCGAGAAGAUUGCUGGCAUUCAAGGCAUAGUUAUGGUCAAUACGGUGAAAAACCCGAAAGAGGUUAAGUCCGGGCAAGCGAAAAAGGUCAUCAGUAGAAUAAGUUUCGAUGAUGGGCGAAGUUUCCAGCCUCUCAAGGUUGGUGACAAGAAUCUACAUUUACAUUCCGUGACUACGUUCGCCAAUAUCGGCCGGGUAUUCUCAAGUCCAGCACCAGGAUUAGUCAUGGGAAUCGGCAAUACAGGUGAUCACCUUCAAAAAUACAGCGAUGGCGAUCUUUAUAUUUCAGACGAUGCUGGUGUGACUUGGCGUCAUGCCCUUGACGGGCCGCAUAAGUACGAAUUUGGCGACCAAGGAGCUGUGGUUAUGGCAAUCAGCGACAAGGGCAAAUCCAACAAGAUCAGCUUUUCUCUUGACCAUGGCAAAGAAUGGGGAUCAGUGGAGAUCGAACAUAAGAUAUAUCCUACUAUGGUCACAACGACACCGGACUCCACGAGUCUAAGAUUUUUACUAGUCGGCAAGCAAAACGAGGAAAGCGGAUUCAUUGUCUAUUCCAUCGACUUCAAGGGAUUGCAUGAGCGGAAAUGCGAAGAAGAUGACUUUGAGAAGUGGCCAGCUAGACUAGACGAAAACGGCGAGCCAGACUGCUUGAUGGGUCAUAAACAAUUCUUCCGCCGCAGAAAGGCGAAUGCUGACUGCUUCGUGGAUGAGGAGUUCAAAGAUCCUCAGCCGAUUAUGGAGCCAUGCAAAUGUACGGCAGAAGACUUUGAAUGUGAAUUCAAAGGCAGCGAGGAUGGGAAGAGUUGCAUCCCGGCCCUACUGCCGGUGCCUCCAGAAGGGUGCAAGAACCCCGAUGAUACCUUCAUGGGACCGUCUGGUUGGAGACUGAUACCAGGUGACACUUGCAUCCGUGAUGGCGGUAAGAAUCUGGAUCACGAUGUUGAGUGGCGUUGCAAGGAUGCAGGCAAUGUACCCACAUCUGGCGAAAUCAGCGUGGAAAAACAAUACUUUGAUGCAAGGCAAUUCAGCGCCUAUUAUUACCUAGAACGUCAGUCAAGCAGUUCUGGCAAUGACGAGACGAUUGUUAUGCUCACCAGUGAACGUGCGCUCUAUGUAUCACAUGAUCAUGGGAAGACAUGGAAGCAGCCACUGAAAGGAGAAGCUAUCAACAGAAUCGUUCCUCACCCGUACAACAGUGAUGGUGCUUUUCUCUUGACGGACGGUGCGGAGGGCUUUUGGACUGUUGAUCGUGGCCAGUCUUUCAAGCCUUUCGAUGCACCAGCGCCUCCAACUGAAGAACGCCUUCCAACCCUCACGUUCCAUCCCCAAUAUCAAGACUGGCUGAUCUGGACAGGGGCUGUUGAUUGCGGAUCUGGUGAUUGUCACUCCAACGCCUACAUCAGUAAAAACCGCGGGGACAAUUGGGAGCUGCUGCAACGCUAUGUUCAAAAGUGUGAAUUCGAAAGCAGGGAAGGCCGCAAAGAUAGCACGAACCUCAUAUUCUGCGAGCAAUUCGAGAAUGAGAACAGAAACAACCGACUACAACUGGUAUCCAGUAAGAACUGGUUUUCAGACUCGACCGUCCAUUUCAGAGAUGUCAUCAACUAUGCCACCAUGUCCGAGUUCAUUGUUGUGGCGUCUCGAGAUACAGAAAAGCCAGACUCUUUGGUCGCGAGCAGCAGUGUCGAUGGUGAGACAUUUGCGGAGGCAAAAUUUCCUCCAAAUGUCAACGUCCCUGUCCAAACGGCAUAUACUGUGCUUGAGAGUUCUACUCACGCCGUUUUUCUGCAUGUUACAGUAAGUAACUCGGAGGGGGCCGAGUACGGAUCGAUUAUCAAGAGUAAUAGCAACGGAACUUCCUAUGUGCUCAGCCUUGGUGCAGUGAAUCGAAAUUUUCGGGGUUAUGUCGACUUUGAGAAGAUGCAAGGUAUAGAAGGCGUGGCAGUUGCAAACGUUGUCAGUAACGUGAAUAAGCUGUCAGAUGGGGAGCCGAAAAAGUUAAGGACAAUGAUUACGCACAAUGAUGGAGGGCAAUGGACCUUGCUUUCUCCCCCAAAUAAGGAUGCAGAGGGCAAGGACUUUGGGUGUUCUGUGGAAGGAGAAGGCGUUCCUGGCUGUUCGCUCCACCUUCACGGCUAUACAGAACGUAGGGAUGAGCGGGACACGUUUUCGUCCAGUUCAGCAAUCGGCUUGAUGCUCGGAGUCGGCAACGUUGGUGACCACCUCGGUGGCGAAGACGAAGCCGAUACGUUCAUAACCCGGGAUGCUGGCUUCACAUGGAAGUCGGUCAAGAAGGGCAGGUACAUCUGGGAGUUUGGUGAUGCCGGCUCCUUGAUUGUGAUCGUGCCUGAGUCGAAGCCGACCAAAACUCUUUACUACAGCCUUGACGAGGGAGACACGUGGUUAGACUUUGUCUUCUCGGACGUGGAGAUGCAGAUUGAUGAUAUCUCCACCGUACCGUCCGACACGUCCAAGAGCUUUCUUCUCUGGGGCAAAGAAUUGAAAUCGGAUUACCAAGAUAAGCUCGCGACAGUAAGUGUUGACUUCAGUGGGCUCCGUUCCUCCUCGUGUAAAUUGGACGAAAAUAGUGCCGAGAGCCAUGAUUAUUACCUCUGGGAACCGAAGCAUCCGUUCCAAAGUGAUAAUUGCCUGUUUGGUCAUGUUGAGCAAUAUCAUCGGAAGAAACCGUCAGCCCAAUGUUGGAACGACUGGCGUGAACCUCAUGUUCACAGUAUCGGAGAGAACUGCCCCUGUACAAGGGCUGACUUUGAAUGUGACUACAACUACGAGCCUCAGAGUGAUGGCAGCUGUGCCCUUGUUCAAGGACUCGCUCCUCCUGAUGCCAUGGCUGUAUGCAGAGAAGACCCUGAAGCAUAUCAAUAUUGGGAACCCUCAGGAUAUCGGCGUCUCCCCCAAUCAACGUGUCAGGGUGGACGGGAAAUGGAUCAUAUUGUUUCCAAGCCUUGCCCAAACAGAGAGGAAGAGUAUAAGAAGAAGCAUGGGAUAAGCGGCGCAGGUCUCUUCUUCGCGAUCGUCAUCCCUAUUGCUGUAGCAAGCGCUGUCGGUUACUAUGGCUAUACUAGGUGGGACGGCAAGUUUGGCCAAAUUCGGCUUGGAGAGAAUGUUGGUACCUCCCAGGGUCUGCUUUCGCGAGAUUCUCUGCUCAUCACCAUCCCGGUUACCAUAAUUGCGGGUGCGGUGGCCGUCAUAAAGGCUCUCCCACUGUUAGCUACAAGUCUCUGGCGGAGCGCGAGCGGAUAUGUGCGCCUAGGACGCAACCGGGGCUACUCCAGGCCUUAUGCGUCUCGCGGAUCAUUUGCCGCCAGGCGCGGCGACUACACUGGUGUUGUUGAUGACGAGGAUGAGCUUCUUGGUGUGGAAGAUCUCGAAGCGGAUGAAGAGGAAGAGCUGUAA